CUUUACCCAUAUAAAAAAAUAAAAUCUGCAACAUAGCCAGUUUGAGGGGGAAACAUCUUUGAUAUGUAUCGACUGAACUCGCACCAGGUUUAGUCAACAAAACAAUUCUUAGUUCGUUUAGACGUUAAUAUUGUCGUUGCCCGGAAGACCGGUUUAUGGACCAGGGACCGUGUUGAUCUUUGAAAUGAGGCCACCGCUGGAAUCUCAGGAAGACAAACUGUAAAACGGUUACCUCAUUAUACACACAAAAGGCGACUAAUCCGCAACCCAAGCGCUUCGACGGGAUUUGACACGCGACGCACAGAUGGUGACCGUUAAAAAAAGGACAAAACGUGUACGUAAAAAAUAAACACAUGUCAAUUGCUAAACAGAGGAGCGUAUUUUUAGGCGAAUAGUAGUAGGCCUGAUCACGCACCUUGAGGAUAAGGUAAAGAGAGGCUAUAACACUCAGGUGUCAGUUACUCCAGAAGCUCAAAAAACGUCACUUCCAUGCCUGAAUUGCGACCGUGGGAGGGAUCUCCUCAGUCCCUGUCCAACAACUAGGUGGAAAAAAAAAAAACUUUUCGGGAGAUGGGAUGUAGUAGUUCGCGUAAUGGCUAUUUGAAAUUAUUGUGUGACAUUAACGUGUUUUGAGUCUAACGAAACAAUUAAGUAGUUCACCGGUAUUCACAAUAUAGCCUACUUUCUCGUGGCGAUUAACGACACUGAGUCAGCUACCGGUGAAAACGGUUAACCUUUUUCAAACUGGCUAUCGCGGGAGGUUUCGCAUCAACGACAAUGCUUUGACAAACGAGCCAGUAGGACACUUUCUGAAGACUUUCCGCCUUCUGGAUUUUUCUUAUGUCAUCCCAACGAAUACACAAAUCCGGGCAAUAUUCUUGCUGAUAUUUGGCAUGGACAGGAAAGCUCACUAAAAUAUGGUUGAUCAAAACAAGAGAAGCGAACGUCAACCUGACAACUACAUAGCAUGUCCUAAGUGAACUGGAGCCUACGUUCGCUGAUCCCCAAAGUGGAUUUUUCCUGGGUAUAGUUUUGCCCGUUGCACGGGGAGAUGAGAGCGGAGAUGGGACUGUGUCUGGGUUCAGAACAAGACCUAACAGAGGAGGGGAAGAAAGCGAAGAUUCAGAGUGUGAAGAUAGACAGGGACCUAUAUGAAUAUGCCAAGAGAGAGAUGAACGUGGUCAAAAUACUGAUGCUCGGAGCAGCAGAAAGUGGCAAGUCCACCCUGGUCAAACAGAUGAAGAUCAUCCACAGCAACGGUUUCACCAAGCAGGAACUAACCAGUUUCAAGCCUGCGGUGCUGGACAACCUCCUGACAUCCAUGAAGUUCGUCCUCCACGGCAUGGGCGUUCUGCGGAUCAACCUGGCUAACAACAAGAACAAGGUGCAUGCCCACUCUGUGUUGUCGUGCGGCCGGUGUUUUGAUGAGGACCAGGUGCUGUUUCCUUUCGUAGGCCACGCCCUUUCCUGUCUCUGGGCAGACCGCGGGGUCCGAGUGGCCGUCCGGAGGGGAUACGAGUUUGAACUUAACGACUCGGCUCUGUAUUUCUUCGAGAACAUGGGCCGAAUUAUCUCCCCCGACUACGUUCCCACGGAAACAGACGUCCUGAGGGUCAGGUUGCGGACUACGGGGGUCAUCGAGACACAGUUCAAGGUCAACCACCUGCUCUUCAGGAUGUAUGAUGUCGGGGGUCAAAGGACAGAGAGGAGGAAGUGGAUCAGUUGUUUCGAGGACGUGAGGGCCGUCCUUUUUGUUGUGUCUCUCAGUGGGUACGACAUGACUCUGGUGGAGGACCCAUCUAUGAACCGGCUGCAAGAGAGUUUGAAGCUUUUCUCCUCCAUCUGCAACAACAUCUUCUUCCGGAGUACCUCAAUGAUCUUAUUCAUGAACAAGAUUGACCUUUUUCAAGAGAAGAUUUUACACUCUGGGCGACAUCUAAGGCUGUAUUUACCUCAGUUCAAAGGUGCCGACUGCGACGUGGACACGGCGGCCCGGUACAUCGCGGGCGUGUUUGUGUCCCUCAACGCCACACCCAGCAAGCUCAUCUACCACCACUUCACCACGGCCACUGACACCUCCAACAUACAGGUCGUCUUCCAGGUUGUCAUGGACACCAUCGUCAAAGAGAACCUGGAAGCGGUUUCCCUGCUGUGAGUUCUAAGAGUUCUGAGGGUUGUGGCUUCCUUCGGAGAACACCGAACUUCGCUCCCUGUCCUUUUUGUUUGAGCGCAAUUGUGGACUUCAUGCUGCAUAUUUAUUUUUUUUGUACUUUUGUAAUUGUUGCAACCCUAAUAAGAAUAUGAAUAUUAGAAUAUUAACACUUCUUACCUGGUGUAAUUGUUGUAUUUCGUCCAAAUUGUAACAUUUGUUCAUCAUUGUUGUAUUCCAUUAGUUACAAUGAUAGGACUGCUGUGUGUGUGUGUGCGCGCGCCCGCAGUUGUUGGAGGAACCCUGUAGAAAGCUUUCUCUCUGCUUUGGUUGCUCGGUUACAGGUUGAAGCUAAACGACUAGUCAGCUUAGAGAGAGUAAAUAAAAAAAGUAUGCAACUAGGUGUAUUGGCGAGUGGAAUGGGGGGAGUGUGUGUGUGUGUGUUCGUGCGAGCGAGGAAAAUGAAAGUCAGUAAGAAAGCAAAUAAUGACAGGGAGUGUGUGUGUCUGUGUGUGUCUUUGUGUGUGUCUGUGUAUCUCAGGCAAGAAUGAGAAUUGACCAUUUGCCCAUUGGAUGGGGGCAGUGUUGCAUGGCGUGGUGCAGAUUUAUGGGGCGCGGUGCGGGGCUCACUCACUUCCUCCCAUCUGUCUAUGCUUAGCUGAACGUGCGUCACACUUCCCAUGAUGGGACAGUGAUCGCAGGUGAAACACCUCGGCCCAUGUCCGAAAAGGCACCCUAGCAACCAUAUAGGGCAUGACUUUUCACCCCGAACCCCAUGUGGGACCUGGAAACAAAAUAAGGUGCGAUUUGGGAGGUACAGCAGCCUCUUGUUUCGUUUGCCUGGAGUGAAGCUUCGUCCGGCUCCAUUCUCACUGCUCACUCUCUUCCUCUCACAAAUGUUUUACCUUUUCUGUCUACUUUUAAAACUGGUUAUUUUGAGAUGGUUUUUGUUUGUGCAAGAUGUGUUGUUUGAUACUUAAACAUGCUAGUACAAAUAAUUUCAGUUAAACUAUUUCCAAACAAUUAUGAGAGUGAAAAACAAAUCACUGAUGGUUGUUAUAUAAUUAAUAUUGUCAUUGUGCCAUUUUAUUGUUUAAGAAUAGUCUACCAUAAUAUACCAUACUCCCAUGUGCCUUUUCAGUCCCAGAAAUGUAACUUAAUUUUCUUUCAGUGUGUAGCAUAUAUUAUUUAAUUAUAUUUUGUAAUUGUUAAAGAUUUUCAAGCUAGUGUUUUUAGAUUUGUCACUGUGAAUGGAUUUCAGUCUGCCAUUGUCAAGUAUCUUGACUUUGGUGUCUUAAGAUAAAUAGGCUAUGCACUAUUAAAGUCUUAUUUGACAUGUUUAUUAAUCACUUGUCGGGUGUGUGGUUGGCCAUAUUCAUUUUCAGCAUGAAAAAAAUAAAGAUAACAUAAAUGACCAUAACAUUU